AUGAACAAUAUAGUGGAGAGAGGACGUCGUUUCUUUGCGAGCCUUCCACAGAUCCAAGCCGGUGAUGUCUCAUCAUCGCAGGAUGCAAAGCAUGUUGAACAAAUCGAUAAACACUUGAAAAGCAGUGGGAUCGUUAAAAUAAACCUCCAAUUCGAAGACAACAGCAGCUCAUACCUGGGCAACCUCGUUUUGCAACUCCACAAAAGCCAUGGGCAUGGGCUACCUAUCACCCACAGUGCCUCGCGAGGAUGGUUUUGGGAUGUUCGCCCACAAGCUGCGGCUCUUGAGAAAGCCGCUACUGUGCAAGCACGUUCUGAGACUAUGGAAACUUUCCCUUGGCACACCGACUGCAGCUAUGAAGUUUCACCUCCUCGUUUUUUUGCCUUGCAAGUCCUGCAGCCAGACCGAUGUGGUGGUGGUACCCUCUCAGUGUUAGAUUGUCUCCGACUGGUGUCACUUCUUUCCCGAGAUGCACGGGAGACUCUUAUUCGGCCCGAGUUUCGAAUCACUGUUCCACCAGAAUUUAUCAAAAAGAAGGAAAGCACACAUAUCAUCGGGCCUCUCCUUUGGCUAAACGAGAUUCAGGGCACUGCCCAGCUCCGGUUCCGAGAGGAUAUUAUCACACCCCUCACUGGGCGUGGUCGAGCUGCCUUGCAAGAGCUGCAUGAGAUUCUCAAGAGUAAUGAACUGAAUAGACAAGUGAUGAAUCUUACGCCGCAGAUACUUCCACGAGGAUCAAUUGUUGCUAUGGAUAAUAGACGUUGGAUGCACGCACGAAAUACUGUCUGUGAUCCUCAUCGCCAUCUGCGUCGCGUUCGAUGGGAUGCACAGCCUUUCAGUAAAUGA